AUGCGCGGGCAUCCUGCGAGCCCGCUGAGGCGAGCCGAGCCGCGGCGGCGCCGGGAGCCGAGCAGCGAAGCUGUGAGGGACGAAGCGGCGGCGCGAGAGCGGCGGGGACGGACAGGUGGCGAGCCCUCACCCGCGCCGACCGGGACUGCCGGGCCGCCCGCGGAGCCUCACGGUCCGGACGUGGCGGCGGCGGCGGCAUCCCGGACGGCCUGUGAGGGAUGCGCCGCCCACUGCCCCGCGCCGCCUGACCUCCCCCGCCUCGGCUCGCGGUGCGCCACAGCCGGGCCCGCGGCCGUUCCCGCCGCGCUGUCGCCCGGCCGCCGCGCCUGCGGGGCCGCGCCCGGCCCGGCCAUGUGGACCCCCACAGAGGAAGAGAAAUACGGCGUAGUGAUAUGCAGCUUUCGAGGAUCUGUUCCCCAAGGGUUGGUCUUAGAAAUAGGAGAAACGGUCCAGAUUCUUGAAAAGUGUGAGGGUUGGUAUAGGGGAGUUUCAACAAAGAAGCCAAAUGUAAAGGGGAUCUUUCCUGCAAAUUACAUUCAUUUGAAAAAAGCAAUUGUCAGUAAUAGGGGGCAGUAUGAAACUGUGGUUCCACUUGAAGAUUCUAUUGUGACUGAGGUUACAGCAACUCUCCAAGAAUGGGCCAGUCUAUGGAAACAACUCUAUGUGAAACAUAAAGUAGAUCUUUUCUACAAGCUGCGCCAUGUGAUGAAUGAACUUAUUGACCUUCGAAGGCAGCUGCUGUCUGGUCACCUGACUCAGGAUCAGGUGCGGGAGGUUAAGCGGCACAUCACCGUGCGCCUGGACUGGGGCAAUGAGCAUUUGGGCCUGGAUCUGGUGCCUCGAAAGGACUUUGAAGUAGUGGAUUCAGACCAGAUCAGUGUCUCAGACCUCUAUAAAAUGCAUUUAUCUAGCCGGCAGAGUGUACAGCAAAGCACAUCUCAGGUGGAUACAGUGCGCCCACGUCAUGGGGAAAGCUGUCGGAUACCAGUACCACAUCACUUCUUCCUCAGUCUGAAGAGUCUCACCUACAACACCAUUGGGGAAGAUACUGAUGUCUUCUUUUCCUUAUAUGAUAUGAGAGAAGGCAAGCAGAUCAGUGAGCGGUUUCUGGUGAGACUGAACAAGAAUGGUGGGCCAAGGAACCCAGAGAAGAUAGAACGAAUGUGUGCCCUUUUUACAGAUCUGAGCAGCAAGGAUAUGAAGAGAGAUUUAUAUAUAGUUGCCCAUGUGAUACGAAUAGGCCGGAUGCUCCUGAAUGACUCCAAGAAGGGCCCUGCUCACCUGCACUACCGGCGACCAUAUGGCUGUGCAGUCCUCAGCGUCCUGGAUGUCCUGCAGUCACUCACAGAGUUAAAGGAAGAAAAGGAUUUUGUUCUUAAGGUUUACACGUGCAACAACGAGAGUGAGUGGUCCCAGAUCCAUGAGAAUAUCAUCCGCAAGUCCAGCGCCAAGUACUCUGCCCCCAGUGCCAGUCACGGUCUUAUCAUUUCUCUGCAGCUUCUUCGUGGAGACAUGGAACAGAUUAGGAGAGAAAAUCCCAUGAUAUUUAAUAGGGGAUUGGCAAUUACAAGAAAAUUGGGAUUUCCUGAUGUCAUCAUGCCAGGUGAUAUCCGCAAUGACCUGUACCUCACCCUGGAGAAGGGGGAUUUUGAGAGAGGGGGAAAGAGCGUACAAAAGAAUAUUGAAGUGACCAUGUAUGUGCUUUACGCAGAUGGUGAAAUCUUGAAGGACUGCAUCAGCUUGGGUUCAGGAGAGCCCAACAGGAGUUCCUACCACUCCUUCGUCCUCUACCACAGCAACAGUCCUCGCUGGGGAGAGAUUAUCAAAUUGCCCAUCCCCAUUGACCGGUUCCGAGGCUCCCACCUGCGCUUCGAGUUCAGACACUGUUCCACAAAAGACAAAGGGGAAAAGAAACUCUUCGGCUUUGCAUUUUCACCCUUGAUGCGGGACGAUGGCACCACCCUCUCCGAUGACAUCCAUGAGCUCUACGUGUACAAGUGUGAUGAGAAUAGCACGUUUAACAACCACGCUCUGUACCUGGGCCUGCCCUGCUGCAAAGAGGAUUACAAUGGCUGCCCUAACAUCCCCUCCAGCCUCAUCUUCCAGCGCAGCACCAAAGAGUCUUUCUUCAUUUCCACACAGCUCUCCUCCACCAAGCUCACCCAGAACGUGGACCUCCUUGCUCUGCUGAAAUGGAAGGCCUUUCCAGACCGGAUCAUGGAUAUCCUUGGGCGGCUGCGGCAUGUCAGUGGGGAGGAAAUUGUUAAGUUUCUGCAGGACAUCUUAGAUACACUCUUUGUGAUUUUGGAUGAUAACACAGAGAAAUAUGGCCUGCUGGUAUUUCAGUCUUUGGUAUUCAUCAUCAACCUGCUCCGAGACAUCAAAUAUUUCCACUUCCGACCUGUAAUGGACACGUACAUCCAGAAGCACUUUGCUGGAGCCCUGGCAUACAAGGAGCUAAUCCGCUGUUUGAAGUGGUACAUGGACUGCUCAGCAGAACUGAUUCGUCAGGACCACAUUCAGGAAGCCAUGCGGGCGUUGGAGUACCUUUUCAAGUUUAUCGUGCAGUCAAGGAUCUUGUACUCACGUGCCACCUGUGGGAUGGAAGAGGAACAGUUCCGGUCCAGCAUCCAAGAGCUUUUCCAGUCCAUCCGGUUUGUGCUCAGUCUGGACAGCAGAAAUUCAGAAACACUCCUUUUCACUCAGGCUGCGCUCCUCAACUCUUUCCCAACCAUCUUUGACGAGCUCCUGCAGAUGUUCACUGUGCAGGAGGUGGCAGAGUUUGUGAGAGGGACUCUGGGGAGCAUGCCGAGCACUGUACACAUUGGGCAGUCGAUGGAUGUGGUGAAGCUGCAGUCCAUUGCCAGAACUGUGGAUAGCCGCCUGUUUUCUUUCUCAGAAUCCCGCCGCAUCCUGCUUCCAGUGGUUCUCCAUCACAUCCACCUUCACCUGAGGCAGCAGAAGGAGCUGCUCAUCUGCUCAGGGAUUCUUGGCAGCAUCUUCUCCAUCGUCAAGACCAGCUCUCUGGAGGCAGAUGUCAUGGAGGAGGUCGAAAUGAUGGUGGAAAGCCUCUUGGACGUGCUCUUACAGACUCUGCUCACCAUCAUGAGCAAAUCGCAUGCGCAGGAGGCGGUAAGAGGGCAGCGGUGCCCGCAGUGCACAGCGGAGAUCACUGGUGAGUAUGUGUCCUGCCUUCUCUCGCUGCUCCGCCAGAUGUGUGACACGCAUUACCAGCACCUCCUGGACAACUUCCAGAGCAAAGAUGAGCUCAAGGAAUUCCUGCUGAAGAUUUUCUGCGUGUUUCGGAACCUGAUGAAGAUGAGUGUCUUUCCUCGGGACUGGAUGGUGAUGAGACUUCUUACAAGCAACAUCAUAGUCACCACUGUCCAGUACCUGUCUUCUGCACUGCACAAGAAUUUCACAGAGACAGACUUCGACUUCAAGGUGUGGAAUUCUUAUUUUAGCCUGGCAGUUCUGUUCAUAAAUCAGCCAAGCCUUCAGCUAGAAAUCAUUACUUCCACCAAGAGGAAGAAAAUUCUAGAUAAGUAUGGGGACAUGCGUGUGAUGAUGGCUUAUGAACUCUUCAGCAUGUGGCAGAAUUUGGGUGAACAUAAGAUCCACUUCAUUCCGGGAAUGAUUGGCCCGUUCCUGGGUGUGACACUGGUCCCACAGCCUGAAGUGCGGAAUAUCAUGAUUCCCAUCUUUCAUGACAUGAUGGACUGGGAGCAGAGGAAAAAUGGCAACUUCAAACAGGUGGAGGCCGAGCUGAUUGACAAGCUGGACAGCAUGGUGUCAGAAGGGAAAGGCGAUGAGAGCUACAGGGAGCUCUUCGGUCUGCUAACCCAGCUGUUUGGGCCCUACCCCAGCCUGCUGGAGAAGGUUGAACAGGAGACAUGGCGCGAGACCGGCAUUUCCUUUGUAACCUCAGUCACCCGCCUCAUGGAACGCCUUCUUGACUACAGGGAUUGCAUGAAAGGAGAGGAGACAGAGAAUAAGAAGAUUGGCUGCACUGUUAACCUGAUGAACUUCUACAAAUCGGAGAUUAAUAAAGAGGAGAUGUAUAUCCGCUAUAUCCAUAAGCUCUGUGACAUGCAUUUGCAGGCAGAAAACUACACAGAAGCUGCGUUCACUCUGCUCCUCUACUGCGAGCUGCUGCAGUGGGAGGAGCGGCCCCUGCGGGAGUUCCUCCACUACCCACCCCAGACGGAGUGGCAGCGGAAAGAGGGGCUGUGCCGCAAGAUCAUCCACUACUUCAGCAAAGGCAAGAGUUGGGAGUUCGGGAUCCCACUGUGCAGGGAGCUGGCAUGUCAGUAUGAGAGCCUCUACGACUAUCAGAGCCUCAGCUGGAUUCGGAAAAUGGAGGCCAGCUACUACGACAACAUCAUGGAGCAGCAGCGCCUGGAGCCCGAGUUCUUCCGGGUCGGCUUCUAUGGCCGGAAGUUUCCUUUCUUCCUUCGGAACAAAGAGUACGUGUGCCGGGGCCACGACUACGAGAGGCUGGAGGCCUUCCAGCAGAGGAUGCUCAGCGAGUUCCCGCAGGCCGUCGCCAUGCAGCACCCCAACCACCCUGACGACGCCAUCCUGCAGUGCGACGCCCAGUACCUGCAGAUCUAUGCAGUGACACCCAUCCCAGAGUACGUAGACGUCCUGCAGAUGGACAGGGUCCCGGACCGCGUCAAGAGCUUCUACCGCGUCAACAACGUCAGGAGGUUCCGGUAUGACCGGCCUUUCCACAAAGGCCCCAAGGACAAGGAGAAUGAAUUCAAGAGCCUGUGGAUCGAGCGCACCACGCUGACCCUGACCCACAGCUUGCCGGGCAUCUCUCGGUGGUUCGAAGUGGAGAGGAGGGAGCUGGUGGAGGUGAGCCCGCUGGAGAACGCCAUCCAAGUGGUUGAGAAUAAGAACCAGGAGCUGCGGGCCCUCAUCAGCCAGUAUCAGCACAAGCAGGUGCACGGCAACAUCAACCUGCUGAGCAUGUGCCUGAAUGGCGUCAUUGACGCUGCUGUCAACGGAGGCAUCGCACGCUACCAGGAGGCCUUCUUUGAUAAAGAUUACAUCACCAAGCACCCAGGAGAUGCUGAGAAGAUAACUCAGCUCAAGGAACUCAUGCAGGAACAGGUCCAUGUCCUUGGAGUUGGGCUGGCAGUUCAUGAGAAGUUUGUGCACCCAGAAAUGCGCCCUCUGCAUAAGAAGCUGAUUGAUCAGUUCCAGAUGAUGAGGGCCAGUCUCUACCAUGAGUUUCCGGGUUUGGACAAGCUAAGUCCUGCGUGUUCAGGCACCAGCACCCCACGGGGAAAUGUCCUAGCAUCCCAUAGCCCCAUGAGCCCAGAGAACAUCAAGAUGACCCAUCGGCACAGCCCCAUGAACUUGAUGGGCACCGGCCGCCAUUCAUCAUCCUCCCUCUCUUCACACGCAUCUAGUGAGGCUGGAAACGUGGUGAUGCUGGGCGACAGCUCCAUGGGCGAGGCUCCCGAAGACCUGUACCACCACAUGCAGCUCGCGUAUCCCAACCCCAGGUACCAGGGCUCAGUCACCAACGUCUCUGUUCUGUCCUCGUCCCAGGCAAGCCCUUCUUCCUCCAGCCUGAGUUCCACUCACUCAGCACCAUCCCAGAUGAUUACCUCUGCCCCUUCCAGUGCCCGAGGCUCUCCCUCUCUGCCAGAUAAGUACCGCCACGCCCGGGAAAUGAUGCUGCUGCUGCCCACGCACCGGGACCGCCCAAGCAGCGCCAUGUAUCCAGCAGCCAUCCUGGAGAACGGACAGCUGCCAAACUUCCAGCGGGCCUUGUUCCAGCAAGUGGUUGGACCCUGCAAACCCUGCAGUGAUCCCAAUCUGUCUGUGGCCGAAAAAGCGGUGCCAGCAGCCCCCAGCAGCUGGAGCCUGGAUAGCGGAGCCCGCGAGGCCCAGCCCUUCCUGUCUGCCCACACGGGGUGCAUCCUGGCCCCCCCAGUGCCUCCCCGAAGCCUGCUGCAUGGUCAUUACUCCCUACACUUCGACGCCUUCCACCACCCCUUGGGUGACACCCCCCCAGCCCUCCCCGCCCGGACCUUGCGCAAGUCGCCCCUGCACCCUAUCCCAGCCUCCCCGACCAGCCCCCAGUCAGGCCUGGAUGGCAGCAACUCUACGCUGUCUGGCAGUGCCAGCAGCGGCGUGUCUUCCCUAAGUGAGAGUAACUUUGGGCACUCCUCGGAGGCCCCUCCCCGAACCGACACCAUGGACUCCAUGCCGAGCCAAGCCUGGAACGCUGAUGAAGACCUUGACACACCUUACCUCCCCGUCCACUACAGCCUCUCCGAGUCCGCUGUCCUGGACUCCAUCAAGGCCCAGCCGUGCCGAAGCCACUCGGCCCCGGGAUGUGUCAUCCCUCAGGACCCCAUGGACCCGCCCGCGCUGCCACCCAAGCCCUACCACCCCCGCCUGCCGGCCCUGGAGCACGACGAGGGUGUGCUGCUGCGAGAGGAGGCCGAGAGGCCUCGGGGCCUGCAUCGCAAGGCCUCGCUGCCUCCCGGGAGCACCAAGGAAGAACAGGCACGCAUGGCCUGGGAGCACAGCCGAGGGGAACAGUGA